AUGGAUUAUCAGCAGAAGCAAUCACCGGCGUUCAGCAAGUCUUCCGAUUCAAAGGUUAGCAAAAAGUAUAUUCACGAUGAUGUUGCCUUCUACGUUCUUUCGAAACUUCCCAUAAAAUCAUUGAAACGCUUUGGAUGCGUACGCAAAUCAUGGUCCAGUUUAUUUGAUGACUCUCAUUUCAUGACCGUGUUUCGCAGCCAUUUCAUAUCUCGUCACAAUUCUGAUGAUCAUCAUCAUACAUUUCUCCUCAUAUAUCAACCUGACUGUGAUGAUCAUUACCAUCCUGAAUUGCAUUUGCUCGAUAGUAGAAUCAAAUUAAAUUUGCCACCUCCGUUUUCAGAAGAGGACCGUUUUCUUAGUAUUUUGGGAAAAACAAGUGUUAACGGUAUUUUUUGUAUUGGACAACGGGGAAAUACAAAUAAGGUCAGAUAUGUAUUGUGGAACCCAGCUACCGAGGAAUUCGUCAACAUUCCUCCUAGCCCUGAUGAGGUUAUGUCAAAACACCCUCUCCUUGGUGUGUUUCAUAAAUUUCAUGGAUUUGGUUAUGACCAAGUCAAAGAUGACUUUAAGGUGAUUCAGUAUGUAUCAUUUGAUAGCUCAGGUUGUGAUGGCUAUGACAUUGAUUCUCCUCCACCUCACGGUAUAAUCUAUUACUCCUUUUUUGAGAUAUAUAGUCUAAGAAAUAAUUCUUGGAAGAUACUCCACAUCGACGAUAUGUCUAUGCGCUAUGUAGGUAAUGUAUUUUCUGGUGAAGAACUGUACAUGAAUGGUGCUUGUCAUUGGUUGGUUCAAGGUAAAAUACAUGAUACAAUAGCUCUCAUGUCAUUUGACCUCACUCAUGAGGUGUUCUUUACAACACCCAUCGAUGAAAGAUCUGAGUUGGAUUACGGACAUUUGGCGGUGUUAAAUGGAUCAAUUGCUUUGAUCAUAAAUCAUGACAACAAUAAUACUUUCCACAUAUCUAUUCUGGGUGAACUCGGCGUGAAGGAAUCAUGGAUCAAACUAUUUAUUUAUGGCCCUAUGCCUUCCAUUGACUGGCCCCUAAUUGGAUUUGGGAACAAGGGAUACAUUUUCUUUAGAAAAAUAGAUGAUGAACUAGUACGGGUUGAUUUGAGCACCCAAAUAAUUGAGGAGCUUGGUUUUAAAGGAGAGGAUUAUUGUUGUUGUAAGAUCGGGAUUUACAAGGAAAGCCUUCUCUCGAUUCGAGGAUCAAAUAACUAG